GCGGCCAUGGGGGACCCCCAGCCAAUCAGCGGGUUCGGUUGGGGGCGUGGUCCGGCUCAAGCCCCGCCCCCUGGCGGUGCGGGCGAGGCGGAAGUCACGUGGCAGGACCUGCUGUCACUCAAGGAGCUGCAGGGCCUGGAGCUGCGGCCGGACCCCUCUGCUGCCCCCUCCUCAUUUUACCCUCCCCCUUGUCCCUUUUCCCAUUUUCCUACUUUUCCCCCUCCUUUUCCGCCUCCCUUCCCGCCAGCCGCGCACGGUGGUGACAGCAACAGCGACAACGCGGGUGAUAACUCGGGUGACACCGCGGGUGACACCGCGGGUGACAACGCGGGUGACAACGCGGGUGACAACGCGGGUGACAACGCGGGUGACCGCAGUGGCCGCGAGCGGUGGCGGGCGCUGCCCUUGGCACCCGAGGCCAUCGUCACCCUGCCCGUGGAGGACCUCAAGGCCAUCCUGGGCCGCGCGGGGACAUCGGGGGCGCAGCUGGCGCUGGCCAGGGACAUCCGGCGGCGCGGUCGGAACAAGGUGGCGGCUCAGAGGUGUCGCCGCCGCCGCCUCGAGGCCAUGGCGGGGCUCAGGGCUGAGCUCGCCCGCCUGGGCCGGGAGCGGGAGCGGCUGCUGCGGGCGCGGGGACACGCGGAGAGAGCGCUGGGGACACUGAGAAGGGACCUGGAGCGCGUCACGCGGCAGCUGCUGGGGGGACUCGGGGACGGGGACCUCGGUGCUGUCACAUCCCAGGUGCUGGGGGCUCUUGGGGACAGGGACACGUGUGAGGACCCGGCCCAGGUCACACAUCAGGUCCCGGGUGCGCUUGGGGACAUGGUCGGCGUCACCUCCCAGGGCCUGGGGACACUGGGGGAUGGGACCCCACUUGUCACCUCCCAGCUGCUGGGGGCUCUCAGGGGUGAGGAUGGGACCCCACGUGUCACCCAGCAGGUGUUGGGGACACUCAUGGACAGGGAUGGGACCCCACGUGUCACCCAGGAGGUGUUGGGGACACUCAUGGACAGGGAUGGGACCCCAGGUGUCACCCAGGAGGUGUUGGGGACACUCAUGGACAGGGAUGGGACCCCAGGUGUCACCCAGCAGGUGUUGGGGACACUCAUGGACAGGGAUGGGACCCCACGUGUCACCCAGGAGGUGUUGGGGACACUCAUGGACAGGGAUGGGACCCCAGGUGUCACCCAGGAGGUGUUGGGGACACUCAUGGACAGGGAUGGGACCCCAGGUGUCACCCAGGAGGUGUUGGGGACACUCAUGGACAGGGAUGGGACCCCAGGUGUCACCCAGCAGGUGUUGGGGACACUCAUGGACAGGGAUGGGACCCCUGUGUCCCCUGAGAGCUUUGGGGGCUGGGGUGGCCCCUGUGCCCAUGGCCCCCUGUGACACUGGGGACAGCCCUGUCACUGCCACCCCUGUCACUGCACAAUAAACCUGCUCCAAGGCACCUCUGUGUCUCCGUCACCCUGGGGUGACACAUUCCUGCCACCUCCUCCUGCUGCUGUGUCCCCAGGGUGAGGAGGUGCCACCUCCCUGAGCCCCAGUGGUGACACCUCCCUGUUUGGUGUCACAUUCCUGCUGGCCUUGUCCCUUCCAGGUCACAGAUGACCUUUGCUGCUUCUGGGGUCCCCAAAUCCGUGUCCCCCACCCUCCUGUCCCCGUCCCCUCCAUGGCAGCUCCAUCCCUGUCCCUGUCCCCUCCAUCCACCCUCAUCCUGUCCCCGCUGUGGCCCUGUCCCCUCCAUGGUUUUGUCCCCAUCCCUGUCCUUGUCCUCUCCAUCCCUGUCCCCUCUGUGGCAUUCUGUCCCUGUCCCCUCACUGUCCCUGUCCCCACGGUGUCCCCAUCUACAUCCCUGUCCCUUCCAUGGCCAUUCUGUCCUCGGUGUCCCUGUCCCCUCUCUGGCCAUUCUGUCCCUGUCCCCACAGUGUCCCCUCGGUGUCCCUGUCCCCUCUCUGGCCAUUCUGUCCCUGUCCCCACAGUGUCCCCUCGGUGUCCCUGUCCCCUCUCUGGCCAUUCUGUCCCUGUCCCCACAGUGUCCCCUCGGUGUCCCUGUCCCCUCUCUGGCCAUUCUGUCCCUGUCCCCACAGUGUCCCCUCGGUUGUCCCUGUCCCCUCCCUCCCUCCCGCGCUGUCCCCACACACGGCAGGGACACAGGUACAAAAAUA